UUGUUAUUAUUAAAAGGCAUAUAGAAAUUAGAAUAGUACAAUCAAAGUGCUGAACUUAACGGGACCAAAAUCGUCUCUUGUGGAACAGGAGAAUUUGUUCCCUCCGAUUUUCAUUGUAGCAGUGGUAAAAAGAGCCAAACAGUACUUUGGGUAAAAAAGAUACACAGAGACACAUAUACGAGCAAUACACAUACAAAAAAUUAUACAUACAUAUAUACAUACAUACACGAAAUUUUUAUAUAUAUCACAAAGAAUAGGUGAGAAUUGAAGAGUUGAGAAAAAGCAGAAUCAGACAGAAUAGUUGCGAAUUGAGUCCGAGUUCUUUGGUUCACAAUCGCAAAACCAGCUCGCGGCUGUUGAAGACCGAUCGUAUAAAUGUUAGUGGUGGACCUCCAUUGAUUCGUCAUUUAAGUUCAGGGUCUUCUCCAAUUUUUACAGACGAGUUUGAAUUUGGUCAAUCGAAGGCAAGGUGUUUGAGAAAAGUCUUGAAAGAACUGAACUUAGUCUUACCCAACACAUCUGUAGUUAUAGGAAAACCAAGAAACUAGAAUCAGUCUACUAAAAGUUUCUCGGUGAUGGAUCCCAUCAAUGGUGAUGAUAGGAUUAGCGAAUUGCCCGACGGUGUAAUUCACUGUAUAUUCUCAUUUCUUCUAACUUCUGAAGUGGUAAGGACGUCUGUAUUAUCAAAACGAUGGAGGCACUUGUGGGCUUCAAACCCUUACUUGAACUUCUAUGAAAAUCCUUUCAGCUUUUUGAAUAUCACAGUGGUCACAAAAUUUGUUAACUUUGUUAACUCAGUGUUGAUUCUCCGAGAUGACUGUGAUAUACUCAAGUUCUGUCUGAAAUGUCGUACCUGUGACUGGCUAGAUAGAUGGAUACAAAUCCUGGUGAGACGCAACAUCCAAGAGCUCGUGCUAAUCUGCUGCCCACACGAUACGUUCCGAUUUCCGCUUUGCCUAGGAAAUGCCAAUUCAUUGGUGACAUUGACGUUGAUAUUGUUCUGUUCCCGUAUUGAAAUCCCAAGUGGGUUGUGCUUCAGAAUGCUCACUUCACUGCAGGUGAGGGUGAAGUUCUUCAAUGAUGAAGAGAUACCACAACUUUUAUCAAGUUGCCCUCUCCUUGAAAGUCUGAAACUAGAAUGUUGUGAUUAUGGCUUGAUUGAGGUUCUUGAUAUUACUUCUGCUAAACUCAAGAAUCUGAGUAUAGACAGUUUUGAGGAAGGUCUGGGUUUAACGCAUACUAAACUAAAGGUUGUUGCCCCUAAUCUUGUAUCAUUCGAGUAUUUGGGUCCAAUGGCACGUGAUUACAAUUUGCAAGAAAUGUCUUCUGUAAGUAUUGUGUACAUCCAAUUAAAUCAUGGUGUUGAGGAAGAGGAUGAUGAUGAUGAUGAUGAGGAGGAGGAGGAGGAGGAGGAUGAUGACGACGACGAUGAUGAUGAUGAUGAUGACGACGACGAUGACGAUGACGAUGAUGAUGAUGAUGACGACGACGAUGAUGAUGAUGAUGAUGAUGAUGAUGAUGAUGAGGAGGAGGAGGAGGAGGAGGAGGAGGAGGAGGAAGUGGAGAAGGAGGAUGAUGAUGAUGAUGAGGAGGAGGAGGAGGAGGUGGAAAAACUUGGUUAUAUAUCGUGUGAGGAGCUGGAAAAACUUGGUUACUUAGGGUGCAAGUUUGUUGGGGCCUUCCACAAUGCAGAAGUUAUGAAAUUAUCCGAUCCCUUGUUGGUGAGUCUUUGUUGCGUGCAGAAUAAACCAGAAUGCUUCCCCAAAUUAUUUUGUUAUCUGAAAGACUUGAAACUUCUGUUGGGUUCCACUAAAUGGCAUCAGCAAACCAUAUUCCACCUACUCAAGUAUUGUCCUAAUCUAGAGGCCCUUGCUAUAGAUUUUGUGGAGAUGUUCGAUUGGGAAUGGGAUGGUGGUGAUUGGGAAGCUCAAGAUGAGGCACUUACAUGUUUGAUGUAUCAUCUAAAGGUGGUAGAGAUUAGUGAUGCUCAGGGUAUCGAUCCUCUUGGUUACAAAAACAUUCAAAUGCUGAUAGAGUUUUUGCUAGAAAAUGGGCGAGUGCUAACAAAGAUGAUACUAUCUUCAUCCACGGAUCUAGAGAUAAUCAAAAAGGUGCAGACAUGUCCUAAAGCCUCUCCAAAUGUGGAUGUAACAUUCGUUGCAGAUGGGGAAAUGAGAAAUUUUUUUAGAAUGAAGGAUUUUCUUUCUGAAUUAUUGGACUGAGAAAGUUUGAGAAUAAUGCUAUUUUUCGACUUAUGCUCCAAGUAUGGUGAAAAUUGUGAUGAUAAAUGUUAUCAUGAUCUGGAAUGUUUCCAUGAUACUGUGAGAUUAGCCGUUCGCUGGUCUCACAAGCAUCGCUUUUUGAGGAAGAAAAAAAGAAAAGAAAAGAAGAAGAUGUUUUUUGUGCCUCCAUUUUCAGCCCCACCUCCCUUUCUCUUCUUCUCUUUGUUGUGUUUCAAAAUGCUUAAAUUAGAGGCUUUGCAGUGUCGUAGUCCAAGUCUUUAAGGCCACUGAAUGAAACCAGCACUCGCAUCAUUUGUACAUAGUGUUUGUAUUAGUUUGUGAUAAUUUUUGCAAUUUUUAGUGUUAAUUUAUUUC